AUGAAUAACAACUCUGGCCAAGCCUUGGCCAUGCGGCGUGUCUCCCCUCCUACGGCACUAUCGUUUUUUAUACACCCUGUCGUGUUGAUUGUUGCCGGAUCCCUUGUUAUCUCUUGUGUAUCUUUCUUGCAGAAUUACCAACUUCGAGUCCAUGUCGCAGAGCUAUCCCAGCAGGUGAAAGUACUAUCACCCAACACGGAUACACCGCUGCCUCCGCACAUUGAUGACGCCCUCAAAGAACUCUACAAGGGUCCUGAAGCCAACUCUGCACGUGAGUUGAGUUGGGUGAAUGAAGCACUUAGCAUUGGCCACGAAGAGGUUUCCUCCAACAGCGGAAGUACUCUACCAGGAGACGUUGGCAUUGCAGAAGCUGAAACCAUGCCGCAGCAAGAAAAUGAGUCAUCUGUAUCGUUGCACCAUCCAAGUAUUGCUGAACCAAACAUGGCCGCAACUGGUGGUAUGACACUAGUGAGUCACUCUCAAGCGCCCAAUGAGAAGCAACCCGUAGUCCACCAUUCUUUCACGGGUUGCUAUGGUCGCCAUUUGCACCCGAUGAGCUAUUUUGGUGUCGCAGCAGUCGCCUGUGGAGCUUGCCUCAUUGUAUAUGGCCUUUGGGCGCUUUGGACUGCUGCAUACCAAGGCUGUAAUGUUGUUGCAUCACUUGCGCGAGCUCCUCAUUUGGCUGAAACCGAACAUGUGGAUGAUCAUGUAAAUACCAUGGGAGCUGAAGUUCAAGCUUGCCUCACUCAGCAUAUUCAAGCCUCUGACAGCAAACAACUUCUGGUUUGCAAAGAUGAAAUGAGCGCCAAAAUAGCCGAGGUGGAAGCUCGACUGUCACAACAACAUCAAGAGGAAAUGAAGAAAUUGAUUGUUCUGGUUAGCAACAAUGAAAUGAACACGGCUCGACUGGCACAACAAGAGGAAAUGAAGGAAUUGAUUGUUCUUAGCAAUGAAAAAAUGAACACCAAAAUAGCUGAGGUGGAGGCUCGACUGGAACAACACCAAGAGGAAAUGAAGAAUUUGAUUGUGCAUGCUGCCUGUGAUGCUGGAGAUAACACUUUGGAUAUGGUCAAAGCCUUGCUAGAAUGUGCUGGCGUGGAUGUCACUGGACAGGAUGAGGAUGGCAUGACAGCCCUUCAUUUUGCUGCAAUGCGAGAGCAUGUUGCUGUUGUGCAACUCUUGUUGGGACAUGCUGGUGUUGAAGUUGAUGCCAAGAACAAUGAUGGGAAAACUCCUCUUAUGCUUGCUGCGGUGCAAGGCCAUGUGGAUACUGUCAAGGCCCUUCUAGACAUGCCGGAGUGGAUGCCAAUGCAAGGGCCAACGGUGCACUUGGCAUGA